UUCCGCGACCUACCGCGUAAACGCAGGACUUCAUUGAUGAAGGCCUCGCCCUACAGCGCCUCGUGACGUCUGAACCUGAGCAGGAAAUAAAAGAUCUUAGCCGCUGGCGCAUCAGGCCAGGCUGAAACAAUGGAGAAAGCCCACGAUAGUUUCGAGUGGUUGUUGCAGGCACGCUUGCCGGGGAUGGGAAGCAGAGAUUAGCGGCCUCUUGUUUAUUAUCCCGGCGUUCGCGGCCAGCCCGCCGGGUGGUGGUGGCGGGCAUUCUUCGGCGGUGUAGCUUCCUUCCAAAGCUGGCGACCGGGCAGGAAAGGCGUCGGUGACCCCCUUUCUCUCGGCGGGAUUUCGUGAUCGCUUUAGGGGCCGCUCGCCUGAUACUGGCUGCUCGCAGAGGACGCCAGCGUGUGCACGUCGGGGCGGCACAACCUCGACGGAGCGCCCCUCGGAGGCACUCGCCGUGCACGUCGUCGCCGCCGCUCUGGUUCCACGUCGCGUAGCUGUGGCAUUUUACUGCCAACCUGGUCCGACGCUGUGGUGGCCUGCAGGCGUCCAAGUUCGCAAAAAACCGUCCUCCGUGAGCUCAGACCGGUCGUCGCAUCCUUUUGUUCGUCGAAGGAAGUGCUCUUAAGAGGAAAAGAAAGCGGCGCCUGCCUCUAUUUUUCCCGCUGCUGUUCGGCGUGGACUUCUGGGAACGAGCCAGGUCGUCGUUACCCUGCUCUCUUCCAUUGUCGUCUACUCGUCCCUCGGGUGCGCCCUCCUGUCGUCUGCCUGCCAUCGAGAAGCCGGGUUCAUCGCUCGGACUUGAGCGGUGCGCUUUCUCGGACCCCCGCAGCCACCACGCGACACGAGGCUCUCUCUCUGUCACCGACGCCGGUGCGCCGAGGCAGCCACUGUGUACGCGCCCUUUGACAAUUCGAGCCCGGCGAAGGAACGUGCAGCUGCCGCUUCUCUUCUGACAUUUGCCAUCGAGUCGUCGCCGCUCCUGAGGAUUAUACGGCGUCGGAGAUAGCUACGCGCGUCUACUGUGUAAUCCAACCAGCGUCUCGUGCAGAAGCGGCCACACCAUGGGAGGCGUCGGCGUAGAGGCCCCCCUGAACCUGCUCAACAUCAAACCCAACUAUUCGUUCGAGUUCGACUUCGAGGUGAACUUCGACAAGGACCAGAAUCGUUUGUGGAUGAACCGCAACUGGCACACGUCCGUCUACUGGGUGGGCCUCUACAUGCUCGUGGUGUUCGGUGGCCAGGCGUUCAUGGCCCAGAGGCCGGCCUUCAAGCUGACGCGGCCGUUGCAGGCCUGGAACUUGCUCCUUUCCGUGUUCAGCGUGGUGGGGGCCUGUCGCACCAUCCCCGAGCUAAUCCACGUGCUGCGCGAGUUCGGCUUCUUCCACUCGGUGUGCAACAACUCGUACAUCGAGUACGACCGCGUCUCGGGCUUCUGGACCUGGAUGUUCGUGCUGAGCAAGGUCCCCGAGCUGGGCGACACGGUGUUCAUCAUUCUGCGCAAGAAGGAGCUCAUCUUCCUCCACUGGUACCACCACAUUACAGUGCUCAUGUUCUCCUGGUACUUCUACCAGCAGCACAUCGCGCCCGCGCGUUGGUACGUCGUCAUGAACUACGUGGUCCACUCGCUCAUGUACUCGUACUUUGCGCUACGCUCGUUCCACGUGCGCAUGCCACGCUGGAUCGGCGUCUGCAUCACCACUCUGCAGAUCAUGCAGAUGCUCAUGGGCGCUUACGUCACUGGCUUGGGCUUCUUCACCAACAAGCGCGGCUCCGCAUCGUGCGCCAUUUCGGAGCGGACGGCGCUGCUUGCCAUGUUCAUGUACCUGUCCUACUUCAUCCUGUUCGCGCUGUUCUUUUACGGUGCCUACCUCAAGCCAAAACGCAAGACCGCCAUCAAGGCCGACUGAGGAGUGGCUGUCCCCUGCGUCCACACGGUGUUCGCUGCGGGCGCUCUCUCGAAGACAACCCCCACGCUGCCAGACGCGCGUGCGACGCGAUGUCGGGACAGUCGAGACGAGUGUCGCGCGCUGCUCGCACCAUUUUCCCAUUUCCGUUGUUGCUGCACUCCCCUUUGUGUCUUUUCUGUUUUGUGCUGUUGUUGCCCUCGGCUACCACGCACCUGCGGUCGCCUGGCAACGGACUCAUUCCAAUCAAACAGCGUCAACGAAUCGCGAUAUGUGCGUUUAUGUAAAACAGGUUCCUUUGUCGACGGGUUUGUGUUGGCGAGUGGUGACCGAGAUUUCAACGGACGGUUUUUUUUUUUUUUUUUUUUUUUUUUUUUUUUUUCCUGUUUGUUACUUCGUCGUGUUAUCGUCCCGCUUUCUUUGGGAUUACACUUCCGCGGCCAAUUUUCAUGUGUCGGAGAGUCUAGCGAUAACCAGUACCUUCUUAGAAUGGAAUUUACAGUAUUGACGUCGCACGUAUCUGUGCAAUGCCGAUGACCCAUAGUGUAGGGACACGUUGCUCAAUGAGUAGACCAGUGCCCCCCUCCGUAGCGCGAAUGACCGCUCUGGGAGCGAGUGCUCUUGAUGGGUGCCAAUGUGCACCCGGUGCUGUUUUAGGCGAUCAAAGCAACUUUAGACAGAGUGCUUCCCUAGGCACGAUUUUCGCGUCACAACAUUGUACACACAACGACGUUAGACAGUUUAACGUGGGUGGCACUUAGACUUUCUUCUUUUUGUUGUUGCUGUUGGAUUUGCCAAGUUAGCAGGUGCAAUAACAACGGCUUUUACGACUACCCCUCUCUGCUGGCUUCAAAAACUGGCAUGAGAGGUUAAUCGUGUAGGGUAUUGUUCUUGUGUAAACGCACACGCUGUUAAACCUGCAAAGGGACAGCGGGCCACAAGUCCGUGGCAAUGGACGACGAGUAGUGCCUUUUCUCCGAUAGUUUUUGUUUUUUUUUUUCUCUAUUUCUCUGGCCGAAGAUAAAUUAAAAAUGUUUUUUUUUUUUUCUUCUUGAGACAAUAAAAGUGCGUUCAGUUUCAUA